GAUGCAGUUGCAAUUGAGGGCUGAGUCUGGGAGGGUCUGGAUAUGAGGGAAUGAAGCCUCCGCCCUCUAGGGCAGAAACCCUUAAAUACAGGCUCGGGGCAGGCAUUCAGGGUGCGGCGCUAGGCAGCCUGAGGUGAGGAGCUUGCUUUGAGUAGAAAUCAGGCGGAGGAGGACGCGGGUGCAGAAGCUGCGGCAGCUUGACCCGGAGAGAAGUGCUGUCUUAGCGUCCGGGUAAGAAGCAGACGCCGCGCUUAGUGCUGGAAGAGGUCCAAUCAUGUUUGAAAUUAAGAAGAUCUGUUGCAUUGGUGCAGGCUAUGUUGGAGGACCCACAUGUAGUGUUAUUGCUCAUAUGUGUCCUGAAAUCAUGGUAACAGUUGUUGACGUCAAUGAAUCAAGAAUCAAUGCGUGGAACUCUCCUACACUUCCUAUUUAUGAGCCAGGACUAAAGGAAGUUGUAGAAUCCUGUCGAGGAAAGAAUCUCUUUUUUUCUACCAAUAUUGAUGAUGCCAUUAAAGAAGCUGACCUUGUAUUUAUUUCUGUGAACACUCCAACAAAAACCUAUGGAAUGGGGAAAGGCCGGGCAGCAGAUCUGAAGUACAUUGAAGCUUGUGCUAGACGCAUUGUACAAAACUCACAUGGGUACAAAAUUGUGACUGAGAAAAGCACAGUUCCUGUGCGGGCAGCAGAAAGUAUCCGUCGCAUAUUUGACGCAAACACAAAACCCAACUUGAACUUACAGGUGCUGUCCAACCCUGAGUUCUUGGCAGAGGGGACAGCCAUCAAGGACCUAAAGAACCCAGACAGAGUACUGAUUGGGGGAGAUGAAACCCCAGAGGGCCAGAGAGCUGUGCAGGCACUGUGUGCUGUGUAUGAGCACUGGGUUCCCAGAGAAAAGAUCCUCACCACUAAUACUUGGUCUUCAGAACUUUCCAAACUGGCGGCAAAUGCUUUUCUUGCCCAAAGAAUCAGCAGCAUUAACUCUAUAAGUGCACUAUGUGAAGCAACAGGAGCUGAUGUAGAAGAGGUAGCAACAGCCAUUGGAAUGGACCAGAGAAUUGGAAAUAAGUUUCUGAAAGCCAGUGUUGGUUUUGGUGGGAGCUGCUUUCAAAAAGAUGUUCUGAAUUUAGUUUAUCUCUGUGAGGCUCUGAAUUUGCCUGAAGUAGCUCGUUAUUGGCAGCAGGUCAUAGACAUGAAUGACUAUCAGAGAAGGAGGUUUGCUUCCCGGAUUAUAGACAGUCUGUUUAAUACAGUGACUGAUAAGAAGAUAGCUAUUUUGGGGUUUGCAUUCAAAAAGGACACUGGUGAUACAAGAGAAUCUUCGAGUAUAUAUAUUAGCAAAUAUUUGAUGGAUGAAGGUGCACACCUCCAUGUAUAUGAUCCAAAAGUACCAAGGGAACAAAUCGUUGUGGAUCUUUCUCAACCAGGUGUUUCAGAGGAUGACCAAGUGUCUCGACUUGUGACCAUUUCCAAGGAUCCAUAUGAAGCAUGUGACGGUGCCCAUGCAGUGGUUAUUUGCACUGAGUGGGACAUGUUUAAGGAAUUGGAUUAUGAACGCAUUCAUAAAAAAAUGCUGAAACCAGCUUUUAUCUUUGAUGGACGACGUGUCUUGGAUGGGCUCCACAAUGAACUACAAACUAUUGGCUUCCAGAUUGAAACAAUUGGCAAAAAGGUGUCUUCAAAGAGAAUUCCAUAUGCUCCUUCUGGUGAAAUUCCAAAAUUUAGUCUUCAGGAUCCACCUAACAAGAAACCCAAAGUAUAGACAUCGCUGUUUUUAUUUGUAUUUUCUUGGUACUUCAGGAUAACAAAUAUCUAUCUGAUAUUAAAUGGUAAACAAGCCAAGUGUUUUUAAGGAAACAAAAUUAUUUUUUUAAUAAUCAAAUUUAUACUAGCUAUAUGGGUGUUAGCAUAUCUAGUAAUUUUGAAUCUAGAAUUUUUUUACAUAUUUUUAUAAUAUUAUUACCUCAGUUAUUGGAUGGAAUAUAAUCAUGUUGGCUUUAAUGGUGUCAAUUUUGUGAAAUAAAAAUUAAACUUCAAACAAUCUUUUCUUUACAGAAUGUCCAUAAGCAGCACUUUAGUGUCACAUUGUAAAAGGAAAGGCAUGCUUCAUUUUUCUGGUCAUCAGUUUAAUAUGUUUUUUGAGGACAUGAAAUUGCUCUGCUAAAUCCUGUUAAUCUUUAUCAUGUUGACCUUUCAGAAAAUAUCAUGGAAACUUACAGAUUUCUGGUUUAAUUGGGUAAAGGUGUUUCCUAGGCCUCUUGUGAUCUCUGAGCUGAGAAGGAGCAUGCAAAGGACAGGAUGGGGCCUUUUUGUGCUUUAUUGAACAUUUUUCCUGUGCUUCCAUUUUAGAAAUAACCAUACAAGUAUAGUCUGGUUAGAGUUCCCUUGCUUCUUUUGUUUUAGUGAGCUGUGUCAUUGUUGCUUUUUUUAGCCCCCAAAAGAUCAUCAUUGUACAUUUCCAAUCAAUCCAAAUAUGAUUAAAAGGCAUUUUUUUUAAAGAGAAAAUCAGUAGUAUGAUCUAUUUUUCUCCCUUUUAUUUCUUGGUUUUCCUCAUGAUCAUUAAUUUUUAGUCCAAGAGCCAAAAAAAUUGUUGCCUUGCCUUUGCAUUUUUAUUUCUAUUGUUAAUUGUAAUUUUUCCCUUUUUUCUUCAGUAAGAACAAUAUGAUCUCAUUUACGACCUUAAAGAAGUAGAUUUUACAAAUUAUGUAUUUGUAGAGUCUGUUGUUGAUUUUUGUAUUUGCAAUUUUUUCUCUUCUGUUUACUUGGCUCUGCUGAGUGUGUACAAACUGAGUUAAACAAAAACAGUCCUCAUCCUUUAGGAAUUUCACAGUUCAAUAAGAAGAUAGAGACAUCUGUAUAGAUACCAAACAAAGAAAUAAAACAUACUUUGCAUCAACAA